CAACCACCCAACCGCCAAGGACUUGGACUUCCAGCCCUCUGUUUAUCUCAGGCCAAUGACGCCAGACGAGAGCUCCGUUGUGCAUUCGAUCGGGCAAGACCUGGUGCAGGGAUUCGUCGCCAUCGCCCACGAGACGCUUUGGCUAGGUGCGGCCCCUCUCCGUCCUCCAUGCACCGCGGGCUGCCAGCCUCACAUCCUGGAUUAUUCACUGCAGGCAUCUACGGCACGGUGGUGGUCCAAGCCUGUCUCGUGCUUCUCUCGAAGAAACGCCGCGGCGUGCGCGGGUCGCAGGUGAACCUCGCGGCGGUCAUCGCGAUGUUCGCCAUUGCGACCGUGCAGUGGGCGCUCGACCUCGCCGGCUUCAUCAUCGAGGGCAAGAUGACGCUCAUCGAGAAUCCGGACGCCGACAUCGGCGUCAAGUACGGCGAUGCCUCGGGCGUCAUCUUCAAGAUCGUCGCUGCUCAGGCGGCGAUCUAUGGGUAUAUGGUUGGCGUUGCUCGGGAUGCGAUCAUCAUCCACCGCGCGUGGAAGCUCAAGGCAACCCACCAUGUCUGGAUAUUCGCUGUCCCCUGUCUUCUAUGGCUCGGCUCUGUCGUCGCGACGUUGCUACUCACCUACUGCGUCGCCACAAUCGGCUCCGAUAUCGUCCUGGGCAACUUCACACACCCCGCGUUUUGCAGGAACGUCCAGCUGGUGACGUACGUGAUGCCCUGUGCCACGACGGCCGUCGCGACGGCGCUGAUUGGGGCCAUGGCGUUGAAAUUCGCGCGGACGAGGAAGAGCAUCGGUCAUGUCGACCGAGUCAGCAGCGUCGGGACAGUACACAAGAGCCCGGCGUGGUAUGUUCUGCUGCUCCUGGUCGAAUCGGGCGUCCUUUAUUUUUUAUUCUUCCUCAUUCAAGUGAUCGAAGUUGCUCCGGUCGUGCACAACUGGCUCGCUGCAAAUGCGGGCCUGUCACUCGCUUUCAAGAUGUUCGUGUACGCGUCGAGCGUGUUUAUCGGCAUCUACCCGACAAUCCUCAUCGUCCUCGCGCACUCCCGAUACGCU